UUUCAGAUGAAAAAACUGAGGCUCGACAAAGUAAAUGAUUGCUCUAAAAACUUACUUCUUGAAAUUAGCACAGAUUCUCCACAUAGAAUAAAAUACAAAAAUAAUGAGACAGCUGUAUUUGGAGAAAAUGUGACGAUUUUCUGCAAUUUGACAACUCCAGCAGAUGUUGUGCAAAUUACCUGGCAGAAGAUCCAAGGUUCUUCACGACAAAAUAUUGGCACAUAUAGCAAUAUAUAUGGAGAAAAGAUUCUUCCACCAUACAGAGAUCGGCUGCACUGUGAGGUCAUCGAACCCAAUUCCUCAUUCAUAACUAUCCGUGAAGUAACAUUUGAAGAUGAAGCCUGCUACAAAUGUCUAUUUAAUGUGUUCCCGCAAGGCAGCCAUAGUGGACAAAUUUGCCUUAACAUUAUAGCUGUAUCUGAAAUAAAAACUGAGCUCCAGUCCAACUUUGACUCUGAAGAUUUUCUUAGUUUUAUUUACUCAGCUGUGGGAAAACCUGUUCCCCAAAUAUCUCUUUUCCCAUCAAAAGUCUUGAUUAAUCCACCAGAGGAAUACCUUGCUCAGAACCCAAAUGGCACAGUGACUAUCACGAAAAUGUACAACGUCUCCUUGGAGACUGUGAGAUCCCUAAGUCUCCAACACCUGAUUGUGCACAUGGAUCAUCCUCUAAGGAAUGAAGAGAAGAUUGUUCCUCUGUCAGUCAAACAAGAAUGUACUUCUGGUUCUCCUUAUAUUUUGUUGUAUGCAUUUGGUUCAUUCAUAAUUUUUCUAUGUAUUGUAUUUAUCAUUUUCCAUCUUGUUCAGAGAAAGAAAAAGUCAGAGAAUGUGCCUGAAACCACACCCCAGCUGAGACAUCCUGAGGGGGAGUCCUUAGUAACCCGAUGUUUUCCUGCUCACAGAGCCAAGAACUCUGGAAUGUGUUAAAAUAAGAAGACUCCUCAUCAUUAACUCAAGUGGAAAAAAAUAAUCACAUCAUGAAAGAAGAGAUCAUUACAGAAUUGGUUGCUUGAAUAUAUAAUUUGAUACUAGAUACAUUG